GGACAAUUUUUUUCUAACAAGUGUUAACUGACACAUUUGUGUGUGAGGGAGAGAGAGAGAGAGAGAGAGAGAGAGAGAGAGAGAAGCUUCCCUCUUCUGUCGAAAGUAUCUGAGAUAGUGGUUUGAGGGAGGUGUCAUUCAGUGUCAUUUAGAGACGUUUUCUCAGUGAUAAACCUUUUCACGUUUUCACAGACACUUGAGAGUUUUAACUUGGCGACAGUUAAAAUGAAACUCGAAUGUUAGGAGGAAGUGGCCAGUGAUCUCAGUGUACUAUCCUGAAGCGGAACCACCCGACAUCUCGCAUGCUUUUUUCGACCACGACUGUGCGCGUGUAGGCUGCAUUUGUAGACAGCAGUGAUGGGGGACACUGGUGGAGUUCUGUCUCUGCAGGAGUACAUCAGCUCUGUGGAGCAGUCAUCCUUACCCCGCAUUCUGCAGGUCUGCUCCGGAGUUUAUUUCCAAGGCUCAGUGUAUGAAAUCUCAGGGAGUGAGGUUUGUCUGUCUACUGGUGACUUGGUGAAGAUUACAAGUUUUGAGCUGUUGUCUGUCUCUUGUCUGGACAUUACCAACAACACCACAUUUGAGCUACCACUCGAUCACUCAGGUCUGUACACACUGGUUCCUGAAGAUCUUCCUUACAGCACAAUAGAGGAGAUAGUAGGCCUGCUACCUGUUGGUAAGGAUGCCUUUGGCUCAUUCACCUUCUUCAGCAACAGUGACCUUGUCAUUGAAAACCUCACAGUCCCAGCUGGGACAGAGAUGACCAUUCUAUCUGUGGAGCACAUUAAGAACGAGAAGGGCUUUGCUCGUUGCCGGGUGAUGGGUCAACAGGAAGCCUCGGCAGAAGUGCUUAUUCCCUUCUCCUGUCAUGGAGAUUUCUAUGAAUGUCAAAAUGAACGUGGCUACUCCCUUUAUGAGAUAAUGUACUCAACCAGGCUGUGCAAGAGACGCUUGUCAAACAAAACCAAAAAAUGUGACAGCAUCCUGUAUUUUAGCCCAAUUUAUCAAAUCCUCGGCAUCAUGCACAUGAGAAAGAACAUAGUGAAGUUUCCCUCCACCCUGGAAGUGGAUAUAAUUGAUGUGACUGAAGAAUGUAAACAUUUAACAUUUGUAACUCCACUAUCGCUAGUUGAGGUAGCUGCCCAACCAAAUGAGGCCUUUCCAACUAUGGCAGAGAUCUUGGAGGGACCUGUGGCCAAUACCUUCUUUUGCUGCAGCUGGUUGAAAGCGCUACAAAAUGGCAAACAUCUUGUGCUGCACAGGUGCAAUAAAACACGUAUGGUGUUAGCAUCUACCCCAAAGGGGAGAAAAACCCAGCAGUACUUCCUGCUCUCUCAGGACUAUGGUGGGCAAUUACGAAGAAGAGCAAGAGAGUUUAGCUCAGUAUAUGAAGUGUAUUUGGCAUUCUCUAAAUGCCCAGGAUUGACAGUAACUGUGAUGAAGCACUGUGAGGCAGUUGAGGAGGAAGGAGUGCCUGCUCUCAGCAGUGGAGAACAGUUGGAGGUUCUGAGAUUACAGACAACAAACACGUCAAAAAGUGAGUUCGGUGCUCCUGAGGGUGUGGACAAUUUGAUAUUCAAAAGGAUUGAGGAUGACGACGAUGAUGACGAUGACGACGAGGAAAGCAGUGAAAAAGACAGUGAGGUCUGCCUUCCUCUAUUCACUCCAGCCAACUUUGCUGAGAAAAUUACAGACAAGAAAAAGUAUAGCUUAUUGGAACUGUGCAAGUAUUUCUCACUUCCUCUCGAUCUCAAAGUAGUGAAACACGAUAAAACAAUGGAAAAAGAUCCACUGGCAGGUUUAGCAGCUCUAAGAUUAGAAGAUGUUCUGGAAGAAACCACAGUGCUUGCCAGCUUUCCUGAUACUCCAGAGCAAUGUUUUGAAUUGCCUGUUCGCUGGAUGCAAUUAUCACUUUCCUUCAUCUCAGACCCUUUACCCUGGCCUGAUUCUGAAAUCCCAGGGAUUAACAUACAGACCGUCACAGAGGUUACAGAAAACUUCUAUCAUGAAUAUCAGAGGCUUUAUGAGAAACCUAUACUGACCCCUCCCCCACGUCCACCUAAGCGCAAAUCAUUGACAGUACAAUCAAUGAAAGCGAGUGCUAAGACUAAAGAUGUCACCGUCAAAAGUAGCCAUCCCAUCAAAAAACCGGAUAAACCUCGGGGCCAAACAAAACGCAAUCCUCCUCCACCACCAGAUGAAAUAGAGGAUGUACCCCCUCCGUUGAUUCCUAGAAAAUCUCUCUCAACAUGUUUGGCCAUUAAUAAUACGUAUGUGAAGGCCCCGAAAAAAAAGAAUGCACAGAAGCAUAAAUCAGAAAGAAAAUCCUCAGACAGUGAUCAUGACUAUGAACCUGUGGAAGACAUGCUAAAUGCUUUUGAUCAUAUCAUGUCAUACUAGUCCACUAUAAGCUUGACACUCACA